AUGCUUUUUUAUUUCCUUCUUUCAUUGCUCCAGCUCACAAGUGCAUCCCUACCAUCAGUUUGCACCGAUGGAUUCACGCUGGUCAAUGGAAAAUGUUUGAUGAUGUUCAAAGAUGAAUCAAAUCAUGAUGACGCUGAAAGCUUUUGCCGACUUUUCCGAGGAACACUUUUUGAUGUGAAAAAUGCAAUUGACAAUCGAGCUGUAGCCUCAUUCAUCGGCAGCCAAGUGGAAACUGUUUGGAUGGGACUGUUCUGUUUCAACAACAAUCUUUGCUUGUGGGAUGACAACUCUGGCUCCACGGCAGCCUAUGAUAACUUUUCCGGCGGUUACCCUGAAGUAACCAUCGGCAGCUGUGUCUACUACGCAACUCAGGGAACGCUGGCCGGAAAAUGGAUCAGUGCAGAUUGUACGGACAGGAGAUCGUUUGUGUGUGAAACGCCAACGACUCAUGAGGAUUCCUGCUACUACAACUACAACAACUAUUGUUACACCUUCCACAGAGACCUUUACUCAUUCACAACAGCCCAGACAAUCUGUGAAGAAGAGUGUGGUAACCUAGUCUCAAUCCACUCCGCUAACGAGAACCGUUAUGUUAUGACAAUCGCUAGCCAUACCACACAAGCAAACGUUCUUAUUGGAGGCAUGUGGCCAAUGGAUCACGUGAACACUUGGGUGGAUGGGACAAUGUGGGACUACAGUAAUAUCGACUCGGGAUACGAUCCAACGAACCACUGCAUUGCUAUGGCAAACAAUGCGACAUCGGAAUACAACUUGGGACAAUGGUUUGGUGUUGACUGCAAAGAUUAUUACAGUUUUGUCUGUAAGCGGCCUGCCGGGGUACCAUGCUCUACAGACCAGCCGAAGGUCACAGUGACACCUGUCCCAUCAAAUGAGUCAUUCUGUAACUCUACUGUUCUGAUGACCCCCGGAAUUAUAACUUCACCAAAUUACCCACAAAACUAUGACAAUAACGUGUACUGCAGCUACAAGCUCUCCACCUUGGGAUCCUAUAAUAUCCUCCUCGAGUUCACAUCCUUCUCAACAGAGGAGAAUGUCGACUUGGUCACGGUUUACGACGGCGAGUCAACGAAUGGCUUGAAGAUUGGAACCUACAGCGGAUCUCGCGAGCCAUUCCAUUUGAUUUCAAAAGGAAAUAACUUUUUCCUCGCAUUUUCAACAGAUUCGAGGAAUGUCUUCAAAGGCUUCAGUGCCAGUUUUGUGGCCUAUUCCACUUGAUUUUUAAUAAAUUUGUGAUUUUG